CCCCCCCCCCCCCCCCGCCGAGAUGGCGGCUGCGACGGCGGCGGCGGGAGCAGCCGCCGCCGUAUCCCUGCUCGCGUGCUACCUCCUCCUACACAGGGACGGCGCCAAGCUGCCGUGGGUCGGGCCCACGACGAGGUCCUCCCGCUCGAGCGGCCGGCGGACGCGGCGGAAGGGCCUCGUGGAGGCCAUCGGAAACACGCCCCUCAUCCGCAUCAACAGCCUCUCCGACGCCACAGGGUGCGAGAUCCUGGGGAAGGCCGAGUUCUUGAAUCCCGGAGGCAGCGUGAAGGACCGUGUGGCAGUUAAGAUCAUCGAAGAGGCUCUGGAAUCUGGUGAUCUUCUCUGUGGUGGUACAGUAACAGAGGGGAGUGCUGGAAGCACAGCUAUUAGCUUGGCCAUUGUUGCUCCUGCUUAUGGCUGCAAAUGUCAUGUUGUUAUUCCUGAUGAUGCUGCCAUUGAGAAGUCUCAAAUAAUCGAGGCGCUCGGGGCUACAGUUGAACGAGUGCGCCCUGUUUCAAUUACACAUAGGGACCAUUUUGUCAAUAUUGCUAGAAGAAGGGCUUUAGAAGCAAACAAAUCAGCAGCGGCCCAGAGAGAGUCAAGGUACAAAGAAACUAAUGGUUCAGCGCAUGUCAAUACUAGAAUAAUGCACAGCAAGAUAACAGCAAGCAAAGGGGAGUCAAACAAGGCACUAACUAACUGUUCAGCCAAUUCUGAAAUACAAUAUAACGGGAAGUGUGAUCAUGACUCUGAUUCAAAGGGAGGUUUCUUUGCUGACCAAUUUGAGAAUAUGGCAAACUACCGAGCCCAUUAUGAAUGGACUGGUCCUGAGAUAUGGCAACAAAGUAAAGGGACACUGCAUGCCUUUGUUGCUGCAGCUGGCACUGGUGGCACAAUUGCUGGAGUCUCACGGUAUCUUAAGGAAAAGAACACAAACAUCAAAUGCUUCUUAAUGGACCCACCUGGAUCUGGUCUGUUCAAUAAGGUUACUAGAGGGGUGAUGUACACAAAAGAGGAAGCUGAGGGCAAAAGGCUGAAGAAUCCUUUUGACACUAUUACUGAAGGAAUUGGAAUCAACAGGGUUACAAAAAAUUUUAUGAUGGCGGAACUGGAUGGAGCUUACCGGGGAACAGAUAGGGAAGCUGUUGAGAUGUCAAGGUUCUUGUUGAAAAAUGAUGGGCUGUUCGUUGGGAGUUCUUCAGCCAUGAAUUGUGUUGGUGCUGUAAGAGUUGCUCAAGAUUUAGGUCCAGGACAUACAAUUGUGACAAUUCUCUGUGACAGUGGGAUGAGGCAUCUAAGUAAGUUCUUCAAUGACCAAUAUUUGGCUAACCAUGGCCUGACACCAACAGCUACCGGUCUGGAAUUUCUUGAUUGAUGAGAAAAUUUCAUGGGGAAUAUACAGUCUCAGCAAGUUUUUCAUGAUGUGAUGUCUGCCCUGAUAGCUGGUGAAUACUGACGAGCUGGAACAUAGCAGAUCUCAUCCAGCAAGAGAACUGCUUGCAUCUCUGGAUUGGUACAAAAAUUUUGUCGUACGGCUUUAAGUUAUCCUCAAAAUACAUUGUGAUGUAUUUUAAUUAGCUGGCAUUGCCAUUGAUAGGGGCUGGUAUAGCCAAACCUGCAUUUCUUGUAGUUUUGGCAUAUUUCAUUAGGAUGUAUUCAGUAAACUGUAAAAGGAUGUUUUUUUCCCACUGAAUCUUAUAUUAGUGUUUUUUGGCUAAGAGACUGGGAAUUUGUUCGGGAGAUCAUUUAUUCUUUUGAAAUCCAUGUGUUGUACACUGGCCAAGUUA